CCCACUCUAGGACGGAUCCAUGCCAUCCCGGACGCGCAUCCUCUCCAGCUCAUAUCUCUUUCUUUCCUUCAUAAUCCUCCAGACCGCCUAAAUAAUCCCCACCGUCAUAAGGUCCCCCCCGCAAUCCUCCUACAUUCCACGCAAUCUCAUACCACUCAACAACGAUGCAAGUCCAAAUCGUAAGCGACCUCCACCUCGAGCUCGAGCGCCCACGCAAAGGCGCAUACCAAUACGAGCUGCCCGUCAAAGCGCCGAACUUGGUGUUGAUGGGCAAUACGGGGUGCACUGUGGAUGAGAAGCUGUUCGUGUGGCUAAAGGCGCAGUUGACGAAGUUUAGGCUGAUAUUCUAUGUUUCGGGGAAUAAGGAGCAAUGGGGCUCAUCCGUCAUCGAAUCCACCGAACGUCUCCGCGCCUUCGCCCGCUACGUAAACCAAGACGACGCCUCCGGCACCUUCGUCUACCUCAACCGGAACCGUUACGACGUCGACCACACCCUCACCAUCCUCGGCUGCACGCUCUGGUCUCACCUCGACGCCUCCGAAAUCGAUACCCUCAUCUGGAAGAUCCAGGAUUUUAGGCGGAUAUCCGCGUUUAAUCCUGGUGCUUAUGCGGCGAUGCAUAUGCAGGACCUUACGUGGCUGAACAAUACAGUGAGCGAGAUUAAUAGGAUGGAGCCGCAUCGGCGCAUCGUCGUGUUUACACAUUAUGCGCCGACGGCACGGGGGACGAUCGAUCCGCGCGUCGCGGAGGGACAUACGAGUGCGAAGCUCGUCAGUGCGAGUGCGACGGAGUUGGGUGGGGAGGCGUGUUGGAGGAGCGGGAAGGUGAGGGUGUGGGGGUUUGGGCAUACGUGUUGGUGUGCGGAUUUUGAGAGCGAGGAGGGGGUUAGGUUGGUCGCGAAUCAGAGGGGGUAUGGGGAGAGGGAGUGUGCUGGGUUUGAGCCGGGGAAGGUUAUUGAGUUGCCGGCGGACGAUAAGGAGGGGAAUGCGAGGGAGAGGUAGGGAGGGUGUGAUUGUUCUCUUUUUUUUCUUUUGAUUACGGACGAUUAUUUUUACUGUACUUUUACGAUUCGACGCACAAAACACGCAUUUCGGUGAUCCGUUCUGAUGUUUCUGAACACUGAGCCUCCUUCGUCCCUGUAUCUUCGCCUUAGAGUCCAGCGUUACUGUAAGCUACCUACAUCGUCGAGCGCUCCUCCAUAUCGAAAGCAUACGUCAUCGCAUCUGCGGCGUCUCUCUGGACUCUGGUGCCGUUCUCUACAGUAUCAUUGUGUAUGGACGAACUAUGUAGGCCUCGAACGUUGAGCAUACAGAGGCUGCUAUACGCAUACAUAGUUCGAGGAGUAUCAAUAAUAUAAUUGC